AUGGAUCCAGUCAAUGUCUGGGGAAACUCCUCCCUUGAAUCGGUAGACCCUGAAAUCCACGAUUUAAUCGAGAAGGAAAAACGCCGCCAAUGCAGAGGAAUCGAGCUCAUCGCUUCAGAAAAUUUCACAUCUUUCGCCGUAAUAGAGGCUCUUGGCAGCGCUUUGACGAAUAAAUACUCAGAGGGUAUGCCAGGGAACCGCUACUACGGUGGAAAUGAAUAUAUUGAUCAGAUUGAAAAUCUCUGCAGAGCUCGGGCUCUUCAAGCUUUUCAUUUAGACCCCACGAAAUGGGGUGUAAAUGUUCAGCCAUAUUCAGGUUCUCCUGCGAAUUUUGCUGCUUACACAGCAGUUCUUCAGCCCCAUGACAGAAUUAUGGGGUUGGAUUUGCCUUCUGGUGGCCAUUUGACUCAUGGGUAUUAUACAUCUGGGGGUAAAAAGAUUUCAGCUACCAGUAUUUAUUUUGAGAGUUUGCCUUAUAAGGUGAAUUCGCAAACUGGGUAUAUUGAUUAUGAUAGGUUGGAGGAGAAGGCUAUGGAUUUUAGGCCUAAACUUAUUAUUUGUGGCGGAAGUGCUUAUCCUAGAGAUUGGGACUAUAAAAGGUUUAGAUCUGUUGCUGAUAAGUGUGGUGCUCUUUUGCUUUGUGACAUGGCUCACAUCAGUGGCCUUGUUGCUGCUCAGGAAGCUGCCAACCCGUUUGAGUACUGUGACAUAGUCACCACCACUACCCACAAAAGUUUGAGGGGUCCUAGGGCUGGUAUGAUCUUCUACCGUAAGGGGCCUAAACCACCAAAGAAGGGUCAGCCAGAGGAUGCAGUUUAUGACUUUGAAGAUAAGAUCAACUUUGCUGUUUUCCCAUCUCUUCAGGGUGGUCCUCACAAUCACCAGAUUGGUGCUCUUGCUGUUGCAUUGAAACAGGUCCAAACCCCUGGGUUCAAGGCCUAUGCCAAACAAGUCAAGGCCAAUGCAGUUGCCCUCGGAAACUACUUGAUGAGCAAGGGAUACAAGCUCGUUACUGAAGGAACCGAGAACCACCUUGUUCUGUGGGAUCUUAGACCCCUUGGAUUGACAGGGAACAAGGUUGAAAAGCUCUGCGACCUUGCAAACAUCACUGUGAACAAGAAUGCUGUGUUUGGUGACAGCAGUGCUUUGGCUCCUGGAGGAGUAAGAAUCGGUGCCCCGGCCAUGACUUCUAGAGGUUUGGUUGAGAAGGAUUUCGAGCAGAUUGGAGAGUUCCUCCACCGUGCUGUGACCAUCACACUGAAGAUCCAAAAGGAAUAUGGAAAGCUCUUGAAGGACUUCAACAAGGGUCUGGUGAACAACAAGGACAUCGAGGAACUCAAGGCUGACGUUGAAAAGUUUUCAGGCUCCUUCGACAUGCCUGGCUUUUCGAUGUCCGAAAUGAAGUACAAAGAUUAA